AUGUUGUCUUCGUCUUCACGAAAAGAAGAAACAAUCAUCGAAGACGACGUCCUCGCGGAACAACGACGCGAGUCCGUCGUGUCCACGUUCCUGGCGCAAAAGCGAGCGGAUUUGCAAAAGCUGCGAGACUAUUCCACCGAUUUCCGAGGGCUGAGAGACAUCCACUCGGCGAGACUGUUUCCGCUCUCCUCGUCGAACGAGUCCGUUGGGAAGUGUAGCGCGGAUCUGGGAUUGUUCUUUGACACGUUAGUGUCGAUUGGCGUUUUGUGCGUCGUUUUGAGUUGUUUGACGUUGCACGAGAUUGCGAUUGACGUGGAAAAAUCGAAACUCUCCGGCGAGUACAAUGUGGAAGUUUUUCGGACGAGUUCGUCGACGUCGUCGUCGUCUUCAUCGUCGUCGUCGUCGUCUUCAUCGUCGUCGUCGUCGUCUUCAUCGUCGUCGUACGAGUGUUGGAAAAGCUAUUACUCGAACGCGGCGAAUUUCGUGCUGCGCACGACGCCCGGGUCCAAGUGCGAAGACGCGAAAGCGAGGAGCUUCUACAACUGCCCGACGACGUGUAAAUACACGGCGAGGGAUGAGGCGGAGUACGACCAAUUUUUUACGGGAACGAUGACGGAGAGUGCGGUGUGCGAUAUGAUUUUACCGUGCGAGUUUGUGGACGAGACCGUUACCCCCAUGUGUUGCGAGGAAAGCGCUUCGCCAGAGCUCGACACGAAACCGUCCUUAGACGUGGGCGUUUUUAUCGUCGAAAUUUUAGUCGUGUUGGCGUGCACCAUUUUUGACGCCGUAUAUCAAAAAGUGCAAUCGGACAAGUUUUUAAAGUACGACAUGGAAACGAUGACGGUUGGAGAUUAUUCCGUGUUGGUCAGAUUUCUGAAUAAAGACGCCACGAGAGAGGAAGUCGGGGAGUUUUUUACCCACUACGGAGAGGUCGCGAAUACAGUUUUGAUGAAAAACGUUUGCAAGCUCGUGGAAUGCGAAAGAGAACUGUGCCGUUUGCGCUUGAGUCGCGCGGAGAUAGCGGCGAAGAUGAAUGCGAAAAAAGAGCCGCAGAAAGGGAGAGCGAAGAAUUCUCCUCUAGGAAGAUUUCUCUACAGACUGUUGAUAUUGCGAGGUAGACGAGCGACGGUGGAAAAUUUAGUCGCGUUGGACGAGAGAAUAGAACAAAUGAGGGCGAAAAUUCGCGAGAUUGAGAAAUCGAAAGUUUUAGAGGAAAACACCGGGCAAGCGAUCGUUACGUUUAAUUACGAGGUGAGCGCGUCGGCGUGCGUAGCUGAUCAUAUUUCAGAUGUAGAAGAGUGGUUCGUGCGAAAGCUUCGUAAGGAACCGGAUGCGCCAAAGUUUCGAGGAACAACUGCCAUUGUCGUCGAAAGAGCGCCGGAACCUUCAGACAUUAUCUGGAGAAACAUGGGAUUUAACACCAAAGGUGGUAACGACGAUGGGAGUCACAAUAGUUUGCUCAGGAAUAGACACGUGCACGCGUUCUUCAUCAUGACUGGAAGUCUCGUUGCGUUUUGCCUCGCGCAAUGGUACGCCGAACGGUGGAGGACGCAAAUAAGGUUGGACAUUCUCAAGAAAACCGCCUUGAGCGGCGGUGAAGUAUCAAUCUCAGAUGCCGACCAGAACGUCUUGCAAGUGCUGAAAAUCACGUCCGCGUUGACCAUUUCGCUCAUCAACGUCAUCUUGACGCAAAUCGCGAAGGCGGUCAACCACUACGAGCGCUACAAAUCGCACUCCAUGGCGAACACGAUGUUAUUGGGAAAAUUAGUAUUAGUACACGCGUUGAACACCUGUGCGAUUCCGAUUUUGGUGACGCCGUGUGGUAAGUCUGAUGGCGAUUGCGAAUGGUACACGUCUGGUGGGUUAGUCGACCAAGCGUUUUAUUUGCAAUUGUUCAACAUUUUUACGCCACAUUUACUGAUUUUAGGGCAAUUCAUCUUCUCGCCGGGGUACUUUGUGAGAAAAUUUCUUGCGCCGUUUGCCAAGACGCAAGCGACGAUGGAUUAUCUGUACUCGCCGCCAGAUUUCCCGUUGGCGGAGAUGUACGCGCAGUGUUGUAAAACGUUCGCGAUGGCAAACUUAUACGGUCAAGCGUUACCGAUUGGCUAUUUAUUAGCGGUUGGCGCUUUCAUUACGCAAUAUUGGGCAAACAAGUACACGACGCUACGAAUCUCACGUAAACCGCCUAGAUUGAUGAUGUCGUCCACGUAUAUGGUCUCCAGCGUGAUUAAACUCACGACUUUAGCAAACAUUUUGUUCGGAUAUUAUUUUUUUUACCGAACAAAUACGGAUUCAAAUUUAGGGACCGCUCGAUUAUGGACGCUCUUGGCGAUUUGGAUCGCCGAGGCGGUCAUGCCGACCAGAUUCACUUUGGGUGUGGGGAAAUACGCGGAACAGUUGAGUGAAGUGGCGAAAGGUAGGAAACAAUUUGAGCAACGAGGCACGUUUGGGCAACCGUACGUGUCUCUAUUGUGCAUGGACGAGCAAUCGACGAUGUCGAUAUCCGAGGCGGAGACGAAAUCCUCGGCGUCCACGCCACCUGUAUCGCCGAGAAAACACUUCUUUCAAAGCGCGUUGGGGAGUUUUGCGUUUUCUCAGCGUCAGCGCCCGUCGUCUGACGAGCGUGACGACCAAAACGAGAUGAGAGAGGUGGAAACCAUUAUUAGCGAAGCCGGCAUCGAUCUAGAGUCAGAGUUGAUGGAAGAAGUUGAACACGUUUCGGAAGAUAGCGAUAGCGAUGAAAAAGAAGAAGAAGAAGAAGAGCGACAUGUCGCCUCAGAUAGCGUAGAAGAAGGAAAAAUAGAAACAUCUGAACUGGAAGAACACGAGAUACGACACAAACGACCGUCGGCGAGAGCUAUUACCACAACCAUUCCCAGCGCCGCAUCGGCGGACAAGAAACGUCUCGAAAAGAAACGCCGGGCGAUUGCGAAGGUUUUAUUGGAUAUGGAACGCGCCGCGUUAUCGCCGCAAUACGCCCCGGACGCUUUAGCCGUCAUACCAAACUUGUCGCGAGAUGACUUCGCGAGAUAUUUAAAUUACCUUAGUUGCAUUUCGCGAUGUUCGGCGGACACGCUCGCGCAUUCGGCUCGAUUGGAGAUGUAUCAUCCACCGGUUCCGAACGAGUUAGACGAGACCAUCUUGUUCGAUCUGUUCGUCAAAGAGUAUCAACUAUUUAACACCGUGUUGGAAUCCAACAACGCGUUACUCCCCGGUCAGCGGCCUUGGUCGAACGCGGUGAAGACGAUGAGAGCCGUUCGCGCUCUUCCCGAAAUUGAUUGGAAAGUAGAGAUGCUGCGAAGGUACAAAGAGAGCCAGAAACGCGCCACGCCGAGUUGGAGAGAGUUUGAUUGA